GUACACUGUAGGGAAUCUAAUCUAAUCUACAAAUAAUGUCAGACGGGAAAGUUGCAAAGUGUAAAUGAUUAAAGGGGAGAAAGGUGGUGAGGAGCAGCUAUAUCAAUUCCAGAUCAUAACAAUUGCUGGACACUGUCCUCCCAUUUAGUAUAGACAUGACUGUUAAACACUCGUGUGUUUUACCCACCCCAAGCCCAUAACCUCGUAUGGCACCAGUUUUCUGAAACGUAUCCAUCCCCACCUUAAACAUACUCAAAGGCUGAGCCUCACAAUCCACUAUGAUAGAGAAUUCUGAAAGUUCACAAUUUUCAAAGGUUCUGAUUUCUAUCACCAUAGAAUUGUAAGGCAUUUCUUGAAAUGGAAAACUACCAAAAAACGAAGAUCACAGAACUCCCUUGUCCACUACCAAUUGCCAAUCUUCGAAAAGAUAUUAUUGAAAUGAAGGUGAAGGAAGGUAGCAAAAUCCGAAAUCUCAUGGGAUACGCUAUUGGAAAGAUGGAAUCAGCCAAUAUCAGAGAGAUCCUUUUCACCGGCACUGGGAAGGCUGUCAGCAAAGCAAUCACCUGUGUGGAGAUCAUGAAGAGAAGAUUAAAAGGCCUCCAUCAAAUUACCAAAUUGUUUUAUAAACAGGUUGAGGAACUCUGGGAGCCUGUUGUUUCAGAGGCAGGGUUAGAUAGCUUAACUGUGAAAAGAAACCUUCCUGCUAUUUGCAUUCUGUUGUCUAAAGACAUUCUGCAUACAAAUGAGCCUGGCUACCAAGCUCCUGGGUCCUUUGAUGCUUUGUGGAUACAUUCUUUAAAAGAGGAGGGUCAGGCUCAAAGGAAAAAAAGACAGGGGGGAGAUGGGCUGGGGAAAGGGGGUAAACAUCAUGGAUCUGGAAGAGGAGAAAGGCCUAAAAAGUCCAAAAGUUGAGGUGCUGGGAAUACAAAAAAAAAUUAGAAGGAUGCUGUUGAUAACACAUGAUGUUCUAUUUGUUUAUCAAAUUAAAAAAAUUUUGGAAAUAA